UCGGCGUUUCCGCCAAUGGCGUCGCGCCGCCGGGCGCUCCCGCCAAUGGCCGCGCGGCUCCCGGCGAGGCGGAAGCGUCGCGGCGGGGUCGGGGGUCGCCGCUGUUGAUGUUGACACGGGCCCCGCAGCCCCCGGUUCGCCGCCGGUUCCCCUCCAUGCUCCCCCCGCCAUGACGAUCCUCCCGAAGAAGAAACCGGUCCCGGCUCCGGACGGUGACGCCGAUUCGGGGCCGGACACCGGGUCGGAUCGAGGCUCUGAGCCGGGCUCUGAGCGAGGCCCCGGCGGGGAUCCCGUGGUCCCCGGGGCGGGGGGGCCCCGUCCCCGCGCUUCUCCGCCGCCCCCGUUACGGGGCUGGGCCGGGCUUCCCCCCGCCGGUUCCCCCCCCCCCAGCGGCGGCCCCGGAGGCGGCGGCGGGGGGGGCGGCGACGGCCCCGCCGCUUUGUUGGGUUUAGAAGCGGCCGCUUUGGGUUUAACGGAACCGCGGGGGCCCGGGGGGGGCGGCGGAGGCGGCGGGGGGGGCGGCGGCCCCGGGCACAGCAAGAGGCGGCGGAGGGGGGUGGCCGGGCCGAGCGGCGGCCCCGGGGGAGCCGGGGGGCCCGGGGGCCUCGCCGUGGGGCUGGGGCUCGGCCCCGGGGGCAGCCCCGGCAGGGACGAACCCGCGGGCGGCUGCAACAGCGAGGACGAGUACGAGGCCGGUAGGGCCGAACUGGACCCGGCGGCGGCGGAGCAGCAGGAGCACCGGUUCGAGAAGGCGCUGCGCGAGAAGAAAGGGUUCAUCAUCAAACGCAUGAAGGAGGACGGCGCCUGCCUCUUCCGCGCCGUCGCCGAUCAGGUGUACGGAGAUCAGGACAUGCACGAGGUGGUGCGGAAACACUGCAUGGACUACCUGAUGAAAAACGCCGACUACUUCUCCAACUACGUGACGGAGGAUUUUACCACCUACAUCAACCGCAAGCGCAAGAGCACGUGCCACGGCAACCACAUCGAGAUGCAGGCCAUGGCCGAGAUGUACAACCGUCCCGUUGAGGUCUACCAGUACGGCACUGAACCCAUCAACACCUUCCACGGGAUCCAACACCACGAGGAUGAGCCAAUCCGCGUCAGCUACCACCGCAACAUCCACUACAACUCCGUCGUCAACCCCAACAAGGCCACCAUCGGCGUGGGGCUGGGGCUGCCCUCCUUCAAACCGGGGCUGGCGGAGCAGUCGCUGAUGAAAAGCGCCAUCAAAACGUCGGAGGAGUCGUGGAUUGAGCAGCAGAUGUUGGAGGACAAGAAACGCGCCACCGACUGGGAGGCCACCAACGAGGCCAUCGAGGAGCAGGUGGCUCGCGAGUCCUACCUGCAGUGGCUGCGUGACCAGGAGAAGCAAGCGCGGCAGCCACGCAAGGCCAGCGCCACGUGCAGCUCGGCGACGGCGGCGGCGGCCAGCGGGCUGGAGGAGUGGAGCGGGCGCUCGCCGCGACCCCGCAGCGCCGCCCCUUCGCCCGAGCACCCCGGGCUGCACCCCGAAGCGCCCGGCCCCAAACCCCCCUCGCCCGGAGCCCCCCCGCCCGGCAAACCCCCCUCACCCUGUGCCCCAGGGACCAGUAGCCAACUGGGAGCAGGGGGGGGCCGGGCCACCCCCCCUUUGGUGUCGCUGUACCCCGCGCUGGAGUGCAGAGCCCUCAUGCAGCAGAUGUCGCCCACCGCCUUCGGCCUGAACGACUGGGAGGACGACGAGAUCCUGGCGUCGGUGCUGGCCGUGUCGCAGCAGGAAUACCUGGAGACCAUGAAGACCUCCCGCCACAGAGACCCCCCCACCGACAAGAGUUGAUAUUGAACCCCCGGACUGCGCCCCCCACACCCCCCGGACC